AAGAGAUGUCAUUUCAAACUAUUUUUCAAAAGAGAAUUUAGAGAAUGUUGACGAAAAUAAUAAUAAAGACUAUGAUAGUAGCAUUAGGAGCUCAUUCCAGAUGGCAAACCAAAUACUAUUGGAUAAAGGUAAAGAGACUGGAGAUUGGGGCACAACAGCAACCUUAGCUAUUAUUGAUAACGAUCAAAUUAAAGUCGGAUGGGUAGGUGAUUCAAUGGCAGUAUUAUUUAGAAGUUUUAAUAAUGGAAAAGACUACACGCCAAUUCAACUUUCCAAUGACCAUAAACCAGAGAAUUCUCAAGAAAAAAAACGUAUUACAUCUACAGGUGGUAGAGUGGUUUUCAGAUGUGGUUGCUGGAGGGUGAUACCAAAUAAAUUGGACUAUUCAAAUGAAGACAUCAUGAAACAAAGGUUGGCACUAAAUAUGAGUAGAGCACUCGGGCAUAUAGUUUUAAGUAAAUAUGGUGUGUCAUCAGAACCAGAAACCCUUAGUGAAACUUUAAAACCUGGAGAUUAUGUAAUUUUGGCAAGUGAUGGUCUUUGGAAUGUUUUGUGUUUAAAAACAAUUGUAAAAUAUAUUAAGAAAUCAUCAAGUCCAAAAGAAUUAACUGAUCUAUUGUUAAGUGUUGUAGAAAGUCGGUGCCAAAGUUUUAAAAUCCCAUGUGACAAUGUUACUGUUUGCUGUUAUAGACACAGUAAUAAUCUUAGUUAAUAAAUAAAAAUAUUUACAC